CCGGGCCCCGGGUGUCGCGCCCGCUAUAAAUUCGCGCCACCGCCCGUCGCUUCUUCUUCCACAUCCGUCUUCGCCCUUGAACCCGCCGCGAAAGAAACAUAUAUACAGCUCGUUCCUUGUCUGUCUCUCUCCCUCUCUGUCUUCCCCGGCGCCGACGAGGAGGCAGGCAGGCAGGCGGUCGAGAUCGUCGCUGCGCGGACACUCACUCACUCGCUGACAUGGCGGGCGGCGGCGUCGGUGACGCGUACGGCGAGGACCGUGCCACCGAGGAGCAGCUCAUCACGCCAUGGGCCUUCUCCGUCGCAAGUGGCUACACCCUGCUGCGGGACCCGCGGCACAACAAGGGACUGGCCUUCACGGAGGCGGAGCGCGACGCGCACUACCUCCGGGGCCUGCUUCCACCCUCGCUGGCGUCGCAGGAGCUGCAGGAGAAGAAGCUCAUGCACAACCUGCGCCAGUACACGCAGCCGCUGCACCGCUACAUCGCCAUGAUGGACCUGCAGGAGCGCAACGAGAGGCUCUUCUACAAGCUCCUCAUCGACAACGUCGAGGAGCUCCUCCCCGUCGUCUACACGCCCACCGUCGGCGAGGCGUGCCAGAAGUACGGCAGCAUCUACCGACGCCCGCAGGGCCUCUACAUCAGCCUCAAGGACAAGGGCAAGAUCCUCGAGGUGCUCAAGAACUGGCCGGAGAGGAGCAUCCAGGUCAUCGUCGUCACCGACGGCGAGCGCAUCCUUGGCCUCGGGGAUCUCGGCUGCCAGGGGAUGGGAAUUCCCGUGGGCAAGCUCUCCCUCUACACUGCCCUCGGAGGUGUUCGCCCGUCAGCUUGCCUGCCGAUCACGAUCGAUGUCGGCACCAACAACGAGACCUUGCUUAACGACGAGUUCUACAUCGGACUCCGCCAGAAACGUGCCACCGGCGAGGAGUACCAUGAACUUCUCGAAGAGUUCAUGAACGCCGUCAAGCAAAACUACGGCGAGAAGGUCCUCACCCAGUUUGAAGACUUCGCGAAUCACAACGCUUUUGACCUGCUGGAGAAGUACAGGGAGAGCCAUCUUGUCUUCAACGACGACAUCCAGGGAACAGCCUCCGUUGUCCUCGCAGGCCUCCUGGCGGCGCUCAAGGUGGUCGGCGGGACGCUUGCAGACCACACGUACCUGUUCCUCGGCGCCGGCGAGGCCGGGACUGGCAUUGCCGAGCUCAUUGCUCUCGAGAUGUCAAAACACGCUGGUUCUCCGAUCGAAGAGUGCCGCUCCAAGAUCUGGCUGAUGGACUCCAGGGGCCUGAUCGUGGCGUCACGGAUAGACUCGCUACAGGCGUUCAAGAAGCCGUGGGCGCACGAGCACGAGCCAGUGGAGACGCUGCUGGAGGCGGUGCAGUCGCUGAAACCCACGGUGCUGAUCGGCACGUCGGGCAAGGGAGGCACCUUCACCCAGGACGUGGUGGAGGCCAUGGGCGCCCAGAACGAGAAGCCGGUGAUCUUCGCGCUGUCGAACCCGACGUCGCACUCGGAGUGCACGGCGGAGCAGGCGUACACGUGGACGCAGGGCCGCGCGGUGUUCGCGAGCGGCAGCCCGUUCCCGACGGUGGAGCUGGACGGCAAGACGCUGGUGCCCGGCCAGUCCAACAACGCCUACAUCUUCCCCGGGUUCGGCCUCGGCGUCGUCAUCUCCGGCGCCAUCCGCGUCCGCGACGACAUGCUGCUGGCCGCAUCCGAGGCGCUGGCGGAGCAGGUGACGGAGGAGCACUUCGCUAAGGGCCUCAUCUUCCCGCCAUUCACCAACAUCCGCGCCAUCUCGGCGCGCAUCGCCGCCAAGGUUGCGGCCAAGGCAUACGAGCUCGGCCUUGCCAGCCGCCUGCCCCGCCCCGAUGACCUCGUCAAGUACGCGGAGAGCUGCAUGUACACCCCCACCUACCGCUGCUACCGGUAAGGGGGGCAAGCUGAGCCAUGGCUGGGCGCUGGGGCCGGCGCAAAGGAAAGGAAACGGGUGAAUUAUUAUUACAGACUACAGAGUGAUGAGUGAAUAAAAAGUUGAGCUGAUGAUUGUUGCAGCUAGAGGAGUUUACAUAUAUACGUUGAUUAUAUUGCUACUGUAUUUCUGAGUAUCGUAUACGGCAUACCAUACUACACUACAUACAGAUAGAGGGUCGUCAGUCGUUUCAGUACCGUGUUAGUGUUAAGGGAGUAGUUCCUGAUGGAGGUGAAGUUGAUUCUUGUGACCAUAGUUUUAAAUAUCCCGCUAUAGCUGCCGCUAUAGCCCGCUAUAGCCUUU